GCUUACGGAUCCGACUGGGACGUUGUCGAACGGUCCGUUUAACUAUUCGCGGAAUAUGCGCUGCGUAUGGCUAAUCGACGGUACGUUGAGCAACGCCAGUCGCAUAUCCGUUCAGGUGGAAGACUUCGACACGGAAUGCGGGUGGGAUUAUUUGUACGUGUAUGAUGGCGACGGUGUUUAUGCCAAACAACUGGCGGCGCUCAGCGGUGUGUUUCCCCGGGACAGUUGGAGUUCGAAGAGGGAGUUCGUAGCUCACUCAGGGCAGGCGUUCGUCUAUUUCAGCAGCGACAUCGCAUUCAACAUGUCCGGAUUUAACGUAACUUACCGGUUCAAUUCGUGUCCAAACGACUGCAGCGGCAGGGGCGCGUGCAACGAGGAUACUGGCGAGUGCUAUUGUACCGAAGGCUCUGACUAUGACUGUAACUUGCCGCCAUGCAACAGGUUCUGUGAAAGUCGGUACGGCAAGUGCCAGCAUGAGGGUGUUAAGGAAUGGUGCGCAUGCAACAGUAAAUUUCGAGGCCCUUUUUGCAACUUCACGGCCGGCGAAGCUGUUUGGAACAUAAUGAAGGACGAAAUGCCAUUUGGCGUAGCUUCGCACGCCGUUGCUGUCACCGAACAUUACGCGUGGGUGAUUGGAGGGAUAUCUUUUCAGAGUUUUGAUCGCAUUGUUGUGUUGAGGUAUGACCUGAUUCAUGACAAAUGGAUGAGCAUGGAAACUUUUAGACGUCCCGCAAAUCGAUACGACCAUACCAUAUUUCAAUAUAGCAAUAAUUUGUACGUUUUUGGUGGUAUCGUUCAUGACCGCAAUGUAACGGCAGAGUUGUGGAUGUUGUCGAUGGAAAAUUACACUUGGUACCUUAUCAAAGACAGUGGUAUUUCCCGCGCAGUACCCGUCGCUGGGCAUACAGCUCACGUGAUUGGCGAUACGAUGAUCACUAUCUUCGGAUACAGUCCUGAUUAUGGCCUGCUGAACUACUUCUUUGUGAACAAUAGUUGGAAAAUCGUUAAGACCGUUGGGGCUCGAACACAAGGUCUCUUUGGUCAUACCUCAGUUCGAGAUGUCCAUUCAGGGUUGAUCUACGUUUACGGCGGCUAUACAACCAUAUCCUAUUCGUCUAGUCAUGUGACGGAUAAACUGUACCAGUACGAUUCCGUGAGAAAACGAUGGGGGCUGCUCCGAAGUUCCGGCUUCAGUUCGCUUUUGCACAGUGCCGCAAUCGUAAGCGGAAUCAUGAUCAUUUUCGGAGGGAAUUUUCGCAACGAAACCGUUCAAGGUCGGGCUAAUCAGUGCUAUUCUGACGUGGUUCUGACGUACGAUAUUGAGUGUGGCACGUGGAACAAACUGGUCUAUCCGACGUACUUGCAUAGCGGCGUAUCGCGCUACGGUCACAGAAGCGUUGUUUACGAUGGGAAGAUGUUCAUCUUUGGUGGCUUCGACGGCUCGUUCGCUCGUAGCGUGCUGCAGUUCAUGCCGGGAAAUUGCGGUUUCUACCGCAACAAGGACGACUGCUUGAACAGCCAACAGGGCAUCAAGUGCGUCCAUUACAAGGGCCGGUGCAUGAAUUCAGCUGAGGCCUGGCACCUGAUUAAGGUGGAGAAGCGCGAUUCGAGCGCCCUCGACAAAGUGUGCACGUUCACCGGCGUCGGUGCGUCGUUCGACUGCUCGACCAUCACCGACUGUUCGACGUGCACUAGCACAGAGGUGCAGCCGUGUCGUUGGUGCAACGGUCGCUGCGUUGGGGACUGCAUGGGAAAUGCGGAGAUUACCAACCCCGAGCUAUGCGUUGUGCGUGUGAACUGCAGUCAGUUCCACACUUGCAAUAGCUGCCGGACGUUCGGAGCAGGGAUGUGCGUCUGGACUCACCAUAAAAGUCGUUAUUACGAAUGCGCCGACGUUGUUGUCAACGGUUAGAU